GAUCCUUUAUAUGUCGCGUCAUUGUAGUGUCGCGCUCCGACCCCAGGGCCUGAACCUACGCAGCACGCGCUGCGGUUGGUGAAGCUCGAAGCUUCCAACACUGUGACAGGACUGAAACGUCGAAGCCAAUGAAUAAGAUGAAGCUUCACGCUAGCCGCGCUGUUUCGCAACGCACAUUAAGUGCGCAGCGUCCAUUUAUGCUGGUUCGGCCACGGGCUCAAGCAACCAGCGCAACGAAUAGCGAGCCGCAACAGUUAAAACAGGUUAAGCUCAAACUAACACCUUUUACACCGGAGAACAUCAAGCCUUUUGGUCAGAUCAUCUCCAGCUGCGAGGAUGGAAAGUUGUUUGACCAGGAUGAGGCGCAGCUGGUGUUGAACCAGGGGACGCCCAGGUUCUACAUUAUGCGCCUGCCCCUCCGCGGCCUCACCUUCCGUCGCAUCACCUACCACGCCCACGUGACUCAGUGCCUGGGCAGCCUCACACCGCCCCACCCCUGGUAUGUGGCGCUAGCUGCCCCCAGCGGCAGUGUGGAGCGCUUCCCGCAGCCGCAGGAGCUGCGCGUGUUCCGCAUCCCCUUCGGAGCGGUGCUCAAGCUUCACCUGGGCACGUGGCAUGCCGGCCCGCUGUUUCCCCGCCCCGCCCACAUGGACUUCCUCAAUCUGGAGCUGGCGGACACCAACGUGACCGACCACAACACGCACGACUACGCCCGGCAGCAGGGGCUGGAGUUUGUGGUGGUGGUGGACGAGGAGGGGGAGCAGGGGUAGGGCUGAAAUGGGUAGGCGAGACAAAACGCCAUGCUAUAGCUGGUACGGUUACGCAGGAUGUUUAUGUUGGUGUGUGUUUCGGAGCCCUGAUCUCGGGAGCGAGGAUAGGAACAGUGCGAGCAGGCUGGCAGGAGCGGUACCGACUAGGCAGCGAUAGCUGGAGACAGGGGUCGGGGAGGCCAGUGGGCGGUGGAAGACGUCUGUAGAGGACCUGGUACGGUGGCAGGUAAAAGCCCUUCUCAAGAUAUCCCAUUUGAAUUACGGUCUUAUCGUAGUCCUCGAGCGCCUGGUCUGGUGGUCUCCUUCAAAUGACUCCAGGGUGCAAAUCAGGCAAGCGAAUGCCACAAUGGCUAGUACGGCAGACAGAAAUUGCAACGGCGGGAGCUGUCAGGUCACCCACUUUACACAUACAGCUGUGCAGGUACAAUUCCGGCAAUGUGUGCACACCAGUCUUCCGACGGUAUCUUACGAUAGCGGCCACCAGCGCAGGCCUCCCCUCUCAAUAGAGU